GCCGUCACCGACACAACAACCACCGUAACAAAAAAAGAGCAGCAAUGGCGCCUCUCGCAACUGCCACCCGCCUGUGCCUGCGCUCGGCCACGGCCGCCACCAAGCCCGCCGCCGUGCGCGCGCUGAGCUCGACUGCGGCCUGCCAGGCCGGCGAUUCCACCGGGGCGGCGGCGUACAGCAGCCCGUUCAAGCUCAAGGGCGAGAGCAAGGCCAGCCAGGUCCCCGACUUUGGAAAGUACCUGUCCAAGGGCAACGAGACGACCAACAAGCUGUUCAGCUACUUCAUGGUUGGCACCAUGGGCGCGAUUACGGCUGCCGGAGCGAAGAGCACUGUUCAAGAGUUCCUCGUCAACAUGUCUGCCUCUGCCGACGUUUUGGCCAUGGCCAAGGUCGAGGUCGACCUGAACACCAUCCCGGAGGGCAAGAACGUCAUCAUCAAAUGGCGCGGCAAGCCCGUCUUCAUCCGCCACCGAACCCAGGACGAGAUCGAGCAGGCCAACAAGGUCAACGUCGCCUCCCUGCGCGACCCCCAGGCCGACGAGGACCGCGUCAAGCGCCCCGAGUGGCUCGUCAUGCUCGGCGUCUGCACCCACCUGGGAUGCGUGCCCAUCGGCGAGGCCGGCGACUACGGCGGCUGGUUCUGCCCCUGCCACGGCUCGCACUACGACAUCUCCGGCCGGAUACGCAAGGGCCCUGCGCCGCUCAACCUCGAGAUUCCCGAGUACGACUUCCCCGAGGAUGACAAGCUUAUCAUCGGUUAAAAGGAGGGAACUGUCCUGUCGCCAGACGAUUGUAACAGUACUUGGGGGGAGAGGAACAUAAAAUCGGCGAACGAGAGAGACAGCUCCUGAAGAAGAGAAGAAAGUACAUAAGUCGUCUUGGGAUGAUUAAAACACCGACAAAACCAUAGAUUUUUCCUCUUCAAGGCGGUCAAGUCAUUCCUGGGGAUGGAGGCAUGAUUGAGGGGG